AUGUUGUGUUCAGUUCUGCGCCACUUGCCGACCAGCUUGUGGAAGCAGUUGCGCCGUGCUCGGAUCUGUCCCAGUAGCAAGACCCUUCGGCGACAUGCAUUAAAUCAACGUGAUACAGCGCAAUCCAACUUCGCUGCAUACGAAACCAUACCAGCACAGCGCCACACAGCAACGGGUGAGUUAACUGCGGAAGAAAAGAAAAUGUUUCUGGACUAUGUUCAAUCUAUCACUGACAACCGUGCACAGUGGAGGCGGUCUUCUUUAGUAAAGUCGCUAGGCCAGCUUAAGCCGCAAGCUACGUUUUCAAAUAGGCCAGACAGGUUUGUACACAAGGUUUCCAGUUUGAAACUGUACACAACUUUGAUGGAAGUUCUAUCUCUUGGCUUAAAGUAUUGCCCUCCUAGGCGCAGGGAUAACCAGCUC